AUGUAUAGGAGGCACUGCACGAGAGCUGCAACGUGCGUUGCAUCCAAGAAAGCUGAUUUUGCUGUAGAUGCGCCAAAUUUAUCAUUGACUUGUCAAAUUCCAGUGCCGAAAACUAAAGAACAAGAAAUUGCUAAAAUUUAUCAAGAAUAUAAUAGAAGUACACCAUGGCUUGAUAUGUUUAAUGAUGCUAGUAAAAAAGCAUUGUAUUAUAAAACACAAAAAAAGUUGAAACAAGUUUUAUUAGAGGAACUAAAAGUCAAUGCUACGGCCUAUGGAAAAUUAUAUGAUCAAGGUCAGAAAUAUAAAUAUUCAAAAAAGAAAAAAGAAAUAAAACUUUGGGAAAAUUUUCGAGAUAAUAAUGAAGAACAAUUAGUAAAAGAAUGGAAUAAAACAGUUGACGAAGCACGAUAUUUACAGAAAAAGGAAAUAUUUAUAUUAUUGGAUCUUGAAUUACACUGGGUUGAUAUUCGAAUGAAACUAAAUCAAUAUAAAGGCGAAAUUGAACGACAACUACAAGACACAGAAAGAGGCACAGAAAAGAAAUCGAAAACAAAUAUACUUCCUUCUAGACCAAGAAUAAAACGAAAAUUAUGGAAAUCCGAAAAAUGGGUGUAUGUUGCUAGUGCAUUUAUUUUGACGUUGGCAACGAUUAUUGCCAUCAUCGUUGUAAAAAGAAAACGGGAAACUCAAGAGACACAGCAAAAUCUUUUAUCAUCGACGAUACAAGACAAAAAGUCAAUAUCUUCAACAAAUGAAGGGAUUACUCCUAGAAGUAAUACUGUUACCAUUUUAGCUGAAACUACAACUAGAAUUUUGACAGUUACAUUUUCUAAUACGGUUAUAAUGAUUGAGAGUGACAACAAUGAACAGAUGAGUUCAGAAAUUACCAUAGCUAUUAUUGCUGGUAGUGUGUUAUUUGCUGUACUGUUAAUUGGUAUCGCGUUAUUCAUUAUUAUGAUUGUGAUUAGUAAACAAAAGAGUCAUAGUCCCGAUGUCAUGGUCAAACAACGUUUAAGUGAUAACUACGAAAUAUCUCCACCUGAUUAUUAUCAACCAUUACAAAUGUCUUUAUUUGAAUGGCAAUCAAAUUCAAGAGAUUCACGAACAACGUUUUAG